UUCGCGGUCCAUUGUCGGAUUUAACGAGACAAUCGCUGCCCGAUGAUACACGCGAGCAAAGGACCACCUAAGUGUACACGCGACCAGCACAACGAGCGCCUCUCGAGACGCUACUGCACGAGCUUUUUUUCGUACAGCUUCACAACUAUACUCGCGGUCGUCGUUUUUGCACCUCUGCGGCCUCCACCAUCGCCAACGUCAAUCACUACAGUAUUUUUUUUAGCGUUUACAGUGUUUUUUUGUGUUGUUUUUGUUUUUUUUCACUCUAAACCCGCAUAAAAGGUACGCCUCUAUUUUCCUACAGUUUCUAAUACUCGUUAAGUUAAGCUGUACGCGCACUCGAAGCGCGAUCAAUUAUUACCUAGUGGUGUCCAAUAAUUGUAGAUUAGCUCCUAUUCGACGUACAUACCCUCGCAAAAAUCGGUAUUGUCGCAUUGUAAUUACACACACGCAAUAUAUACAUAUAUAUGAACUAUCAAAAGGAAAAGGACAUGAAGUCCCUGAGCGGGGGCGACGAGAUACCGAGCGUCGAGGAGGUGAUAAGCUCGAUGCAGAACUUCGGGUGGCCGGAUUACGGGAUAUUCGUGUCGAUGUUGCUGGCGUGCGGCCUGAUCGGCGUGUACUUUGGCUUCGUGAGGCGUUCGAAGGGGGAGGACGAGUACCUCGUGGGCGGGCGCAACAUGAGGACCUUUCCCGUGAGCAUGAGCCUUAUAGCGAGCUUCAUAUCGGGAAUCUCGUUGCUGGGCACCCCGACCGAGAUAUACGUGCACGGCACGAGUUACCUGUGCAUCGGCCUCGGAGUCGUCAUGGUCGGUUUCAUCAUGUCAAACGUCUAUCUGCCCGUUUUCCACGAGCUCAGGCUUACCAGCACCUACGAGUACUUGGAGAGGCGCUUCGACAAGAGGAUCCGCAUACUCGGCUCCGUGCUCUUUGCCAUCGGCAUUAUCACCUGGCUACCGAUCGUCAUCUACGUACCCGCGCUAGCUUUCAAUCAAGUGACUGGCGUGAGCACAAUGCACACCAUACCGUUCGUCUGUAUCGUCUGUAUUUUCUACACGUGCGUGGGAGGACUGCGAGCCGUCGUGGUGGCCGACGUCGUGCAAAUAUUCAUAAUGUUCGGAGCGAUGAUUCUGAUCGUGGUUAAAGGCACCGCGGACGUGGGCGGCUUGUCCGUCGUCAUACGCCGAAACCUAGACUCCGGCAGAUUGGAACUUCCCACCACAGACUGGAGUCCCCUGACGCGCCACACGGUGUGGUCCCUCGUGAUCGGCGGAUGCGUCCAUUGGCUUCAAAUAUCGGCCAUCAAUCAGAACAUGAUUCAAAGGUACCUCUCGCUGCCGACCCUCAAACACGCCAGAAGGGCCCUUUGGUCCUUCAUUUUCGGCACUCUGUCGCUGGUUGGCAUUUGCGGUUACGCCGGUAUGCUGGUCUACGCCUGGUACCACGAGUGCGACCCCCUCACAACGAAACUCGCCAGAGCCAAGGACCAACUGCUGCCCCUACUCAUGAUGAACAUCCUCCAGGACUUUCCAGGCUUACCUGGUCUCUUUGUCGCUGGCGUCUUCAGCGCGGCUCUCAGUUCCCUGUCGACGGGCUUGAACUCGAUGGCCGCGGUGAUCCUCGAGGACUUCAUAAAGCCCUUUCGCUCGAAGCCCUUGGCCCCUAAAAGCGUCGAUCGCCUCAUGAAACUGAGCGUCCUCGUGCUGGGCGUCGUCUGCUCCAGCCUUGUUCUUGUCGUCGAAAAAGCCGGCUCGCACGUGUUACAGCUGUCGUUUAGCCUGAGCGCCAUAACGAGCGGUCCUUCCCUGGGCAUCUUCAGCAUGGGCGUCCUCGUGCCUUGGAUCAACGCCAACGGCGCGCUGAUAGGCGGCUGCUCGGGACUCGCGUUCAUGAGCUGGUUGAGCUUGUCCGCCGAGGCGGCGAUAGCGGCCGGCGUGAUCCGGCACGGCGUCAAGCCGGUGAGCGUCGAGGGAUGCACGUACUCCUUCCAACGGUCCGAGAACCUGCUGCUCCUCGUUCCCCCGGAGACUCUUCUGGACGAACCCGUCGGAGGCGAACCGUGGGCACUGCACCGCUUGAGUUAUCUUUGGUACACGGUAGCGGGAACUCUCGUUACGAUGAGCAUUGGUCUGCUGGUUAGUCUCGUUACUUCCAAUAACGUUGAAAAACUCGACUCGGCACUCGUCGCGCCUUUCGUACGCAAAUACCUUGCCCGUCCGAGCUUGCCGUCUUUUCAAGUUGAGGAGGUAAAAUCAAAGACGGAUCAAGCUGACGUGCCGCCGAAGCACUUCGGUAACAAUACACUUGACAAUGAAGCCACAAAUGCCAUGUCGUCUCUGUGAUCUAAGGUUUCUUUGUUUAUUGUUUUAUCUCAAACGUUUCUGUUUUUUAUUAAUUGUAAUUUUACAUUCUCUUUUUCUUUUUUUUUU